UUCAAAAAACUUUGAAGUAGCUCGCACGCCGGAUCACACAUGACAAUAACUGGCAUGAUGUGUUCACACGGUGUGAGUAGCUGCACUGCAGUAACUGACUAGACCGACUCGUAUGCUUACUCGCACCGUCUGAACCCGGCUUAAGAAAAAGGAUAAAAGGAUACAUAAAUCAAUAAAGGAACUAAACAAAAACAGGAACUGGAAUCAUGGAGCUAGAAACCAAAUCGUACUAUUCUACAUCAUACGUGUAUUGGUCAUCAUUAAUUUCGGGAGGUGUCGCCGGUUUGGUGGUGGACAUCGUUCUGUUUCCAAUCGAUACGGUGAAAACUCGCUUACAAAGUGAACGUGGUUUCUUCCGAAGUGGUGGCUUCCGGGGCAUAUAUAGAGGUUUAGCUCCAGCAGCAGCCGGUAGUGCACCCACGGCAGCUCUAUUUUUCUGCACUUAUGAUGGGUUAAAGUCUUAUCUCGGACGUUUUGCUACCGAAAGCCAACAACCAUAUGUGCACAUGAUUUCGGCCGCCAGUGCGGAAGUGGUUGCUUGCUUAAUUCGCGUCCCAGUUGAAAUUGCAAAACAACGGAGACAAGCUCUAUCGCUGAAAUACAAUAUGUCUUCGAUGGAAAUUCUAAGCCACGCCUUGCAGUCUGAAGGGAUAAAACGUGGAUUGUAUCGGGGUUUUGGCACGACAUUAAUGCGUGAAGUACCAUUUUCAUUCAUUCAAUUUCCGUUGUGGGAAUAUUUCAAACGAAAUUGGACUUCUGCAACGGGCGUCGCGUUAACACCUGUGUCAGUUGCAAUAUGUGGGGCGAUUGCCGGAGGAAUUGCUGCCGGUCUAACGACUCCACUUGACGUAGCGAAGACCAGGAUAAUGUUGGCCGAUGAAAGCGGAGUAAGAAAAUCUGGCGUGCUUGUCAUUCUUCGUGGUAUUUACAGAGAGCAUGGGAUUAAAGGGGUGUUCGCCGGAUUUUUACCACGUGUACUAUGGAUAACGCUUGGGGGAGCAAUAUUCUUUGGAUUCUAUGAUUUGACUGUUGGCCUCUUAAAUUCUGGUAAUCGAAAAUAGAAACUACGCAUUUCAGACAGCUCUUAUAUUAUAUAUUUCAAUGUAAAUCAACAAACUAAACAGAAAUAACAAAAUUAUCACAUAA